GUUGCCAAGAGCAAAAGCUAAACGGAAGAUGUCUGCCAGCGAGAGAGAAUUUAUCUUUGAUGCCGUUAUCGGCUAUUUAACCUCCCCGAUAUGGAAUUUUCCGGUUCGCACCUUUAUAGAACAUAAUUCUUUAGGUAUGCUGCAGUUUCCCCAUUCAUUUUGGGAAUUUUAUUCCCUGGGUUUUUGUUGAUAUUGUUGAUUAUAAAAUUUGGCGAAAUGCAGUCAUUUUGUAUUCUUCGAAUCUGUUUAUUAUGAUUUCUUCUUUGAAUGCUUUGACAGUUUUUGAUCCAGAUGGAGAAAAUCAUGAGGAAUAUAAAAAAAUACAUAAAUCAUACAAGGACAUGGUAAGAAAACUUUAUUUUUUUGCUCCUACUGUUUGCUCAAGAUUUGCUAUUUGGAAAUAAUCUCGAGACUUCAAAUAUUUUAAGCUUUUUCAAGUGUUUGUCGCUUGUAUUUAAUUUGCGGAGUCGUUUUGCAGAUGUUACAAAACAGAAUUCUGUAAAUUGCUGCCAGUUAAUUUUUCAUGAUUUUGAAAAGAUAUAAAAGAGAUACUGGUGGGACACUCACUGCAGUAUUCCAAACAUGAAUGUUUAAAAUAUUGAUAUGUAUCUUAUUAGUUUCCGCCCAUGAAUAAAUUCAUGUUUUUUUUUGUAUUAAACUUUCAGUAGGCAGAUCUUCAUUGCACUUUGAAGGAGAGGUUUUAAUUAAUUAAAUUCAAAAUAUGAAAUGUACUAGCUAUAUAUCUAAAAUCCCAAAAUCCCUAAUGAGCCAGUCCUUUUCUUUGAUGAUUGCAAGAGAAAAUGAUAAAAGAGAGCAAAACACCCAUACAUGGCUAUCUUCCUGCGAAAAAACUUUGAAAAUAUAUUCUUGGUUCUGUGUAAUGUUUCAAACUGGAUAUUUUUAGGAUGGCUCCAUAUUGUUUGGUUAGAAUGGCGCAUGUAAUUUUACACGUUGCACCAAAUAUUGGUGAACUUUUGCCUUCCAGGGUUUGAGGGCAUCUCUCUCUUUCUCCCCUGUUUUGUUUACAUUACACGAUUUGGGUGGGUUCACCCCCUCCCCACCUACACAUACGCAGAGCUGUGCUCUAAGAAACAUUGUAGGAAGCCCAUUGCUCUGAAUCUGUUAAAUUCAGGGUGCCCAGUCUGUGAGGAGGCAGGGUGACGGAGUUGUCAGAGUGCUGGAAUUAUAAUCUGGCUCCAGGCUCUGUGUUCAAUACCUGCCCUAACUACUAGCUGGAUUUGUUCUCGGUAGACACGAGUUCAACUCCUCAGUCACCGUUGUAAAUUAGGCAACUGGCAUACCACCAGCCAGUUGGGUUUCUUAACUUUGGGGCCCACAAUAAAAACUUCUCAGUCGUUUACCAGUAAUUGUGUACCCUUAUAAAGUCUUUUUUUUUUUUUAAUUUCUGAUGUAAAAAAAACUGAAGACUUUCUUGCUGGGUAAGAGUAGAAUUUAAGGUGCCAGGGGUUGCUGGGUUCUGCUUGUUUCUUAGACUGUUUGAACAUAACACAGACAUCAUUAGAUUUUAGCCUUUUUAUUCAAUGACAACACAUGACACAUGAAUACUCUGGGGUAAUUUCCAAAGAAAAGUAGGUGGCGAGUGCCCGUGAAAUAGGCGGCAAAUUUUGUCAGCCACCGGCUGUUAUUGAAAACCCUGGGGCUAACAUGUUUUAAUGUUAACAAGUUGUCAAAUGGGUUAGAGUGGUUUUUGUUUGAGUGUCGUAAAACCAAAACCAAAGUAAUUACUCUGACCAAUCACAUAGGACACAGACAAUACAUUGAACCAAUCAAAACUCGCAGUAAUUACAUGUGGCUGACGCAAAGCGCGGGAAAAUGCAUGCUCGUCACAAUUGGCUUUGGUUUUACUUCUGAUUGGAUGAAAAGGUGGCGCGAAUCUUUUAAGCCAAUCGCAUCGUGUAGAAAGUGCAAAACCAAUUACUUUUCGACACUCAAAUGAAAACCGCUCUAGUAGCAUUUGCUGGGACCGAAUGAAAGAUAGGGUUGUUAGGCCUGCAUGGCUGCUGCAGGUGAAAAAGUUUCAGCAACAGGUUACUGGGAGAGCAAGAGUGUCUUUUAAAUAUUCAUCUUGCCCUCACCUUAUAUGACAAACUUUCAAUUUGUUACUUUGGACCUGUACUAUGGAAAAGACUACCCAACAAGGUCAAGCAAUCACCAGUCUUCAGUCUUUCAAGAACGCUAUCAGAAAUUUAGAUGUUUCUGGUAUUUUAGAAAAUAACUGUGACUGUUAUUAAUUUGUUGUGACCUUUGCAGAUCCCAAUUUUAUGAUUUUAAGAUUUUUAGGAUUUUAAUAUGUAUUAUUAUGAAUUAUUAUGUAUUUUUAGAUUAGUGUACCCAAUUAGCUAUCUUAUAUUAAUUUUUAUAAAGCUAAAUACAUUUAACACUUAAAUAAAGUUGUUUCGUUAUGUUAUGUUAUAUGUCCUGCGCUAGAAAUUGGGUUUCCACUGUAAAAAUGACAUAAUUCUGUUAUACACUUGUCUUAAUGAGGACUGCCUGAACAUCCAACUUAUUGUUUUGUUGUUUAAGGUGGAUAAGUUAUUGGCAAGCUUUUUGAAAGAUGUUGGAAUAACUGCGGAACAGUUUAUGAAUGCAUGUAAAGAAGGAAGUGGAAGUCCACAGUUCAGUAGAAUGCAUAGGGUAGGUUCAUUCAUCCAGAAUCCCUGGAAAAAUCCUGCAGGAAUAACUUCUAAAGAACUAAAACACAGGUCAUGAAUGAAAGUUUUCAAAGAAGGAAGUUUAGUGGAAAGAGUUGCUUCUACACUAAUUAAUCAGGAUUUGUACUAUUCUUGGAACUUUUUGGUAAACUCCUGGAAUAUAAACAUUUUUCUUUCAGGGCCUCAGAAAACUUGUUGAAAAUUCUCUUUUCUUUGCUAUGCACUUUUGUAAAAUAUUGAAAGUGAACGUUGGAUUUUGUGCAUGUGGUGGAGGAGGAACAUCGAGGGGCUCCUGGUUGUUUUACGCAAGGAAAUUAUUAAUUAAUGAAUUAAAGCAGCUCUUAAAUAUACUGGUAGUUAUUACCAGUAUAUAAUUUGGCCAUAAUCUUUUAAUGCCAGACAAAACAUUUAAUCAUUUUCAUAUCUUGAAACCCUUUUAAAUUAAUGGACUUUCCUGGCUUUGUGCAGGGAACAAACAAGGCACCAACCUGAGGCUUGGAUUGACAAAAUACAGUGAUCAACAAAUUCAUGUCAGAUUUUCCACUAUGGCCUCAACCUCGUUCAUUUUAUUCCGCUCUCUUACUGUGAAACUCACAAUGCUGUGAACACAAGAAAUAUUUCUGGAAUGGGAAGAGCCAAUCAAGUGUGGGAAAACUAAAGUGCAAGCAGCAACAGUAAUAGCUUGGCCACUUGUCCUUAUCUUUGUAUUGUAACUGGUCAUAACAUACAUGUAAUAAACAUUCAUGGUGUUCACCGUUUUAAUAUUGAAAGUUUGACAGUAAGGUGGAAUGCAGAAAAGUUCUAUAUUCAUGACCUGACCUCCAUAAUAGAACCAGAAUUCUGUGACCCUCCAUUUGUUACGUUAGUAUUCCAAUGUAUUUAACAUGAAUCUUGUGACCACUCAUGUAUUCAGAAAAAUUUUCUAGGCAUUCACAUGGUUUCCUUCAAUCAGGGUUGUCAAAAGUAGCUGGCUGCCAGCAAAAAUUGCUGCCUACUUGUUUAGUAUUGGCCGGCUACUCUGCUUGGCAUUUCUUUACUGGUGGCAUUUUUUAAAUAAGAUAUCCCUGGACUGGCCGCUUACUUUGACAACUCAGUCAUCUACUUCAAAACUUUCUCACAACACUGUUUCAAUUAACAUUUCUUCUUUCUUUUGACGUGUAUAAAGGAUGUCUUUGACCAGCUGUGGGCUGCAGAGGAUUAUGAGGUGUUUAAACAAUUAAUGAUUCAGAAGAAUAUUGAGCUGCAGCUACAAGCCUUGCAGAUUAUUCAACACAUUCACAAUGUCCCAAUGCCUAUGCCAAUGCCUGGACCUGUCCCCACCCCACCCAGUGCAGCUUCAACCCCUGGUUCCCCCCCUGCUCCUAUCAUUGAUGAGGAUGCUAUAAUGCAGGAGGUAUUGAGAAGGUCUAAGGAAGAGUAUGAAUCACAGAAGAGUGGUAAAGGAAAAGCAGAACAGGAAUUUGAGAAAACAUUAGCGGAGUCCAAAGAGGAAAGUGAGAGGUAAUGGUUAGAGUAAGUUGUCAUAGCCUGUGAAUGUUAAUACAGGAAGUAUACAGUCGUCUUUCCUCACUCUCUGCCUAAAACAUCUUUUACUUUAGCAGCAAGGAGAGAGGAGAUACGGCUGAAUUUGGCAAACUAGAUUUGUAACUUUAUAAGAUAACCAGCAAGGUAAGUUUCACAGAACAAAACUAAGUAUGUUUAACACUGAAAGCCUUUUGAGGACAGUUACAGCAGAGAUUCCAUCCCUUUCAACUAAAAAAGGGAGGUCUUAGGAGCGGCAUAGCAGCUCCCACAAGUGCUGAAGGUGUGAGCCUCUAGUAGGGGAACCGGCAGCAUGCUUUUCAGGGAAAAAUUUUAAGAUAUGUGCCUUCAAGAUGCCAUUUCCUGCAUUUUGAGAUCACAGUCAAUGGAAAUACUGCACCCAAAAUUAUUGCAGGCUCAUGAUCAGAUGACAAAAGGGUAAAAAUGGCUGAGAAACCAGUGGCAGAAAAGUGGCAAAGCGUGCUAAAAAGACUCGUUAAGCAGAGAAAUGGAAGAGUUUCCAAAACGCGAAUAAUAUUAGGCAGAAACAGGAGGUUUGGGAGGGUUGGAAUCUCUGCAAUAGGUUAACAGAUUAUGUUGGCCCCUGUUGAAGACAGGACUGCCAUUUUUACACGGAUUUUCGCUGAAGCUCUAGCCAUUUACAGUGCGAACAAAGCCAGUAUAUGUAUAAGCAUCUUCUGUGAGUUCUUUGACCUCCCACUCUGCAGUCCAGUCCAGUCCAGUCCAGUCUUUACCAAAUGACUUAUCCCUGCAAUAGGUUCACAGUACACAAUCCGACCAUCCCUACUGUACUCUAAAUGCACAUAUGCUGAUGAAUAGUCAACAAUGAUAACUAUCCGGACUUGAAUAUAUUUCAACAUUUCUCCUCGGAAGAACCACAUAAGCGCUUGUUAUUAUAAUGCUGUUGUUCUAAUCUUAACCUGCUCUAGCCAACCUCCGCUGGCCUCCCAAAGACCAGAAAGUGUUGUCACAGACAAUGGCGAAUGUUCCAGGUGAUAAGACUUUCUUCCUCAGUUAGUCUCUUCUAUCUAUUUAUUCUUUUCCUAACUCUGGUUUAUUAUUGAAAUAGCCAUUCUGUUUGUCAUCAUCUGUUUGUGGUCACCAGCAAGCAUUUUCUUUCUUUCCCAAUCCUCCCACCUCGCCUAUUCCUUUGCUUCCCCUUUUCGCAUCCCCAUGCUUCUCUCACUUGACUAACAUGUGUUAAUGAAUACUAAAAUAAAUGGUCAACAAUAACAACCGUCCGGACUAAAAUAUAUUUCAACACAUCUCCUUUGAACAACCAAAUAAUUUUGUUUCUUAACCUGCUUUCCUUGCCAACUUCUGUCCUCCCAAAGACUGGAAAGUGUAGUCACAGAUAGUGAACAUUCCAGGUGAUAAGACUCUGUUCUUCAGCUAAUCUCUUGAAUCUAUUGAUUUCUCUUCUUGGUCGGCAGCAGGCGUUUUCUUUCUUCCUCCACCUCUCCCACCCCGCCUAUGCUAUUGUCCCCCUCUUGCGUCCUCACACUUCUCCCCCUUCACUAGAAGAAAACAAAAAUGACUAUUACAAAGGCUGAUGACAGACUUUGUUCAUUAAUUCACUUUUAUUAGUAAAAAUUCCAUGACUUUGUCAGUGCGCUUAACCACACAAAAUGAUUGCUAUUUCUUAUUGUUUCACGUCACAUCUUGCUCUUACUUCGUUCAGAAAAUCUUUAAACUUUCCAGUCCCGGAGAAGGUGAUCACCGAAGAAAGUACAAGGUGCUCAAUGGUCUUUCAUCAUUCUUUCUAUUUACUUGAUGUGAUUGUUCAUUAUGAGAACAUGGGUAGUAAAGAAGUACUCUUGCUGUCAUGGUACUCUGUUCUUUCUUAAGUCAUAUGUCACUUUGUUGUCUUGGGCAAGAUUAGAUAUGUUUUCUAUCGCUUGCCCCUCUACUAUCUUCAAUUCUUUCAAACCUUAACCUUGAAGAACAGUAAAAAGGCCUCGCCUACCUUAAACAAUCUUUCCACUAUAUCAGGCAUAUUCAAUAUUAUUCAUGAGCCAGGUGUUAGGGGUGUUAGGGACGCAUGCCAUGAAUUACUUUGCAUCUUUGGGGAUUUUUAUGCGUCAAGGAUGCAGGAAGUAGAGGUAACAAAAUCGCUGCAGAUGCACUUUCCCCACUCAGAUUAGAUUGCGAGUAUUCCCUCGUUUCCCUCUGGGAUAGUAAAGCUAGCGAAACACGUGAGCGCGCGUGAAAAUCGCCACCCGCGAGCAAGGCGACCUUCGGAGGGAAGGGAGAAAACUUUCCUUCCACUUCUCCUUGCGCGUGGCGAUUUUCACGCCCUCGCGUAUUUCGCUCGCUCAACCAUCCCUGAAGAAAUGAGGGACUGUUUGCAGUCUACAUUCAGAUGUUCAGGUAGGUCUUGGCUUAUUAGUAUGCUGUGCCUUCUGAACUUAGGAUAGUGUUGCACACCAUACAGAAAGGAAGACACAGCUUUGAGCAAGUGAAAGAGCGGCAGUUCAAUUAAAUGUGGUCUGUAUGUGGGCAUGUGACCUUUUCUUAUUUUUUCUUCCUUUUAAGGCUAAAGGAAAUAGCAAAAAAAGAACAUGAAGAAUUAGAAAAAGCUCUUCAAAUUUCACUAGAAGCGCAGAAACAGCAAGCAGCUGAAGCCGAAAAAUUACGUGAUGAAGUUAAGCAGUCGACUGUCCAACCUUCUGCUAAACCUCCUGAUGUGGAAAGCAAACAAGCAGCCAAGACCUCCACUGUGGAGAGUAAACCAGUCCCGAAGCCUUCCCCUUCAAGCACAAAAUCUCCUGCACAGGACACCAAACGUUUGGAAAAACCCCAGACUACAGGGUUACCACCUUUGUCAGGGAAACCGAAGAAAGCAGCAGAUACACCGGCUGAUGCAGCUGCAGGAUGGCUGCAAAGUGCUAAGGAGGAUGCUGCUAGUAGCACAGCCAAGCCGGUUCAGGUAGAAUGACGAUUAUUAAGACAAGUAGCCGUUAAGCCUGUGUAUCAGACUGUAUUGUUGAAGCGCAUUUUUAUUGAAGAAAAGGUCUUGGCGAACCCAUUUACUGUUCUACUUUUUCUUCUUCGCAUUCCAUUAAUGACAUGCUUGCAAUUGGAUUUUCUAGGUUUGACUAUGAAGACUAUGAAGUUGGUUUUCUCUUUCUGAGAAAACUCUUACAACCCAUCUAUUGUUGUCUAAAAGUUUUGUUCUUUGAUGUUUCCUCGUAGAAGCAAGAAAUAACUCCUGAAGAGAUGAAAAGACGCUCUGAGUACCUAAAGCAGCAACGAGACAAACUCCUUGCAUUAAAAAGACAGGAACGCGAGAAAAGCUUGACGAAGUAUACCGAACAGGAGUCGAAGGCUCGGCCGAUGUCCGCUCAUACAGCUCGUCGAGUCACCGCUGGCGAGCAAGUUGAUUCUCCGCCGUCAAAAAGCAGCCAGGAGGAUGCGAACAAGUUAGCCAUGCGCAGAGCUCUUGCGGACUGUUUGAAACGGGAGGUCAUUGACAAGGAUUAA